AUGGCCCCCGCCAGCCGGCCCAACGGCAGCGAUGCCCCUGAGAAUGGCAUCGACAGCCUGCUGCCAGACGAAGCGGAUCUCCUGUAUGAGGAAGAGCUGCUGCGCAACCCCUACUCCCUGCGCAUGUGGGUUCGGUACCUGGAUGCCCGGAAGAGCGCCCCCACCCUGAAGCGGCGCCUGCUGUAUGAGCGUGCCCUGGAGAAGCUGCCUGGCUCCUACAAGCUGUGGCAUGCGUACCUCCAGGAGCGGCGGCAGGAGGUGCGCGACCUCUCCCCCGCCCACCCGGCCCUGGAGGCUCUGAACAACGUGUACGAGCGCGCGCUGGUGUCCAUGCACAAGAUGCCGCGCAUCUGGGCCGAGUACCUGGAGUUCCUGGUCCGUCAGGCCUGGGUCACGCGGUGCCGCCGCGCCUUCGACCGCGCCCUCAUGGCGCUGCCGGUGACGCAGCACGCGCGCGUCUGGCCCGCCUACCUGGCCUUCAUCUCGCACCGCGGCACGCCACAGGAGACCGCGGUGCGUAUAUACCGGCGCUACCUGCGCUUCGAGCCCGCGCACGCCGAGGAGUACGUGGCCUACCUCACGACCCACGGCCGCUGGGGCGAGGCCGCCGCGCGCCUGGCCCUCCUGGUCAACGACGAGGGCUUCCGCUCGCUGGAGGGCAAGUCCAAGCACGCGCUGUGGCUGGAGCUGUGCGACAUCAUCACCCGCCACCCGCAGGAAGUCAAGGGCCUGAAGGUGGACGCCAUCCUACGCUCCGGCAUCCGCAAGUUCACCAACGAGGUGGGGCGGCUGUGGACCUCGCUGGCCGACUACUACAUCCGCAGGGGGCUCUUCGAGCGGGCCAGGGACGUGUACGAGGAGGGCCUCACGUCAGUCGUGACGGUGCGAGACUUCUCGCUCGUGUUCGACGCCCUGACCCAGUUUGAGGAGUCGCUCAUCUCCGCCAAGCUGGAGCAGGAGGGCGAGGGGGAAGAGGAGGAGGACCCGGCGGCGGCGGGGGACGGCGACGACUUCUUGCUCACCGACACCGGCGCCGACCUUGACCUCCGCUUGGCCCGGCUCGAGGCGUUGAUGCAGCGCCGCCCCGAGCUGCUGUCCUCCGUGGUGCUGCGCCAGAACCCGCACAACGUGCACGAGUGGCACAAGCGCGCCAAGCUCUUCGCAGCCGACCCCACCAAGCAAAUCCUGUGCUACACCGAGGCUGUGCGCACCGUCGACCCGGACAAGGCGGUGGGGAAGGUGCACAGCCUCUGGGUGGCUUUUGCCAAGCUGUACGAACAGCACGGCGACCUCGCCAACGCCCGCUUCAUAUACGGCAAGGCGGCCGAGGUGCCGUACAAGUACGUGGAUGACCUGGCCACCAUCUACUGUGAGUGGGCCGAGAUGGAGAUGCGGGCCAAGGCCUACAAGAAGGCGCUCGCCCUCAUGCGCACGGCCACCACGCCGCCCCAGCGGCCGCGCACGCGGGAGGAGGAGAACAAGUUGCCGGUACAGGAGCGGCUGUACCGCUCCCUGCGCCUCUGGUCCCUGCUGGUGGACCUGGAGGAAAGCCUGGGCGACCUGGCCUCCACCCGCGCGGUCUACGAGACGGUGCUGGACCUGAAGAUCGCCACGCCCCAGAUUGUGCUCAACUACGCCGCCUUCCUGCAGGAGAGCAAGUACUGGGAGGACUCCUUCAGGCAUGUGGGCGGAGGAUCUGUGGGAAGGAGGGGGGUAUGGGUGUUAAAUAGGGGGAGCACCGUCCGGCUUGGGGUGUACGAGCGUGGCGUGGCGCUGUUCAAAUACCCGCACGUCAAGGACAUCUGGCAGGCCUACCUGGCCUUCUUCAACCAGCGAUACGGGGGAAAGAAGGUGGAGCGGGCACGCGACCUCUAUCGCCAGGCCAUUGACGAGGCUCCGCCAGAGGAGAGCAAGCCGCUGUUCCUGCAGUACGCUGCCUUUGAGGAGAAGCAUGGCCUGGCGCGGAAUGCCAUGCAGAUCUACGAAGAAGCCGUUCAGAAGGUGCCAGUCGGCGAGCGCCUGUCUGUGUACGAUGUCUACCUGGCGCGGGCCUCAGAGUUCUUCGGCAUCGGCAAGGUCCGGGAGGUGUACGAGACGGCCAUCGAGGCGCAGCCGCCCUUUGCGCUGUCGGACGCCGACACGCGCACGCUGUGCCUGCGCUACGCCCACCUGGAGCAGAAGCUGGGGGAGGUGGACCGCGCGCGCGCCAUCUACGUGCACGCCUCAGCCCUGGCAGACCCGCGCCGGGACGCGGCCUUCUGGAGCGACUGGAACGCGUUCGAGGUCCAGCACGGGCACGAGGAGACCUUCAGGGAGAUGCUGCGCAUCAAGCGCUCCGUGGCUGCGUCCUUCUCACAGACCCACUUCAACACGACCGUGGUGGACGCCGUGGCGGUGGCGGCCAAGGCCAUGGCGGCGGGGGGCGCCCCCCCCCCGGCCGUGGACGACAUGGCGGCCCUGGAGGCGGAGCUGGCGGCCGAGCCGGCGGGGGGUACCAGGCUCCCGGGCUUCGUCUCGGCAGGCGUCAUCCAGCAGGGGGAUGCCGGGCAGGAGGGUGGGGAGGCGGCAGCGGCUGCCGCCGUCAAUCCGGAGGACAUCGAGCUGGACGAGGAGGAGGAAGAGGAGGGGGAGCCCGCCGCACUGGAGCUGGAGCAGAAAGAGGUGCCGCAGGAGGUGUUUGGCAGCCUCGCGCCCCCUGCCAAGAAGUCACGAGUGGAUGCCUGA